AUGAUUAAAUCAAAUGGUUUAGUUAAAAUUAGUAUAUAUAAUAUAUUUAUAUAUCUAGUUGAUUUUGGUCUGUUUGGAAUAAAGAAAUAUUAAUCUCUAUUGCAUUUUUACACAAAUAAAUCAGGAUUUACAGCUCCAGAAUUAAUUUAACAAAGAGGUUUAGUUGUGAGUGGAUCUUAAGAAGGAGACAUUUACAGUGUUGGAAUGAUAAUGUAUGAGAUGUUUGAAAAGAAAAUACCUUUUGAAGGAUUACAAUUAUAAAAUAUUUAGGAAUGUCUUAAUAAAGCUGUAAGACCUAAGAUCGAAUCUAAAUCUUUGAUGGAUGAUAUAAUAAGAUGGUGUUGGUAACAAGAGAUAGAGAAGAGACCAUUAGUUGAUUAGUUAUUAAAUGUAAUUGAAAAUAUAUAAAUAAAAUGAGUGGUACAAUAGUUGUGGGGUCAAAUAUUUAUGAGACUGAAUUUUUGGAUGAAAUUUAUAUCUAUUAUGGCAAUAAGACUACGAAUACCAUUAGCUUUAAGGAUGGAUUGAUUAUUAGUCCAAAAAAAUUGGAAUUGCCAGAAUAUAAAAUUAAUAGAUCUGAAAGAGGAGACAUAAUAAUGGCCAUUAUUAAAGAAGCAAUGAAUCUAUUAGAAUAUUCAAAAUUAUCAGAUUUGGGUAUAAUUAAUAUGUUUGAAUUACAAUAUGUAAAUCAAUUGAAAUCAUAUCCAUCUCUAAGAUUUUAAUUGAUGGAUAGAGAAUAACCAUCAAUAUUAAUGGAUGUUCGUAAAUCCUAUUUUACUAUGCAUAAUUGUUAUCAAAUUAUUAAAAGUUUAAAUAAUACUGAUCCAUCUACAUAUUUUAAGAAUAAAUAUGUUUUAUUGAGAUAUCCUGAAAAAAAAAUGAUUGUUUAAAUUAAAUCAGUUGUGUUUGAUUAAGAGUUCACAUAUAAAGGUUUAUGUUUAGAAGACUACUUUAAAUAGAAAUAUUAAUUAAGAAGCAAAUCAAAUGUCUAUUUAGAAACAUAUAAUACAUAAAAUAUAAAGAAAUAAUUCUUAAUUGCCGAAUUUUGUGAAUUGAAAAUAGAUUAUAUUGAAUAAGAUGUUACUAUUUAUUGUUAAUAAUUAGAAUAUUGGAAUAAAAUUAUUAAUAAUAGUACAUCUUUUAUUUAAUUCUUAAAUUAAUAUAAAUUUAUAAUUAGAAAUGAAUAAGUUGAAUUCAAAUAAUAAUAUUUAGAACCUGGAAAUUUAGUAUUAAAUAAUUCAACUAAAUCAAUAUAUUAAAUUGUAGCAUCUAGAACAUCAAGUGAAUUUGAAUAUUAUUAUAGUGAUUUUUUUCUUAAAAAUCCAACUACAUUUACAACAUCUAUGACUAUUAAUAAAUUAAUGAUUUUAGUAACUAGAGAAAUAAUUGAACUUAGAGAUAAUUUUAAAUAAUUUUUAGAAAAAUUUGAUGCUUUUAUUAAAUCUAGAUAAUAUAAAAUAUCAUAACCUUAAAUUUAUGAUAUAAAUAAUAAUUUGAAUGAAAUUAUAGAAAAAUAUGUUACUGAAGAUGCUUAUGUACUUUUUGUUGGAGAUUCAAAUACAGAUUUUGUAUAAGCAAGAAUCACUUUAUUAUAAAAAGCUAUUCCUAAUUAAAUUAUUAUCCUUCCUAUUUAAGAUUAAGAGAUUAAUAGAUUAUUAGCAAUGAUGACUGCUAAUCUUGGUAGUGUACCUUGGUCUAUUAAAGAAAUUAAUGGAUUAAUUAAUAAUAAAAGGAGUGCUGUCUUAGGUAUUUGGAAAACCGAUAAUUCUUUUUCUGCAUGUCUAAGUAUUAAUAAAUAUCUCAAUAAAUAUAUAUCCUCUUUUGGAGAUUUAGAUUAAAUUCUUACACUUCUUUUAGCAACUUAUUAUGCCACACAUAAAAUAUUAGCAAAUUAAGUUAUUGUAUUUGCAGAAGAUGAUUAUACACAAAUUAUGGAAUAAAGAAUACAAGGAGUAAUUUAAUUAAUAAAAGAUUAAGGAUUAGCAUAAUAAAUCUUAAAGCCUGAAAUUAUUAUGGUAUAAGUAAAAGAUGCUAUAGCAGAAAGAUAUUUCACUUAUUUCGAAAGGAAUUUGUAAAUAUAUAUAAUCUUAUUCUAGUGAAUCUUAUUAUUGUAAAAACCCUUAAGUAGGUUGUAUAAUUCCUAUCAAUGAAAAAUAAGGUAGAUUUUCAUUCCAUUCUUAAAGAGGAGAAUAAGGAUGUUUAUAAGCAUAAUAAUUAAAUAUUAGUUCAGCCAAUACAAAAGAAAUAGCAUAAUUAUACUAUCAUUUGAUUUUCUUAAAUUUUGAUUUGAGUUCUACCACUUAUUUACCAGCACCACUUCAUUAUGCCAAAAAAUUGUCAAAAAAUCAACUUUAAAGUGAAUAGUACAAAAAAGCCAUAGAAAAAGGAUUUUUGUUAUUUGUUUGAGU